AUGAACAACAUAAACACUUUCUCUGAACUCUUAAAGAAAGCAUCUGACAUAACCGAGGCAAUGAAGCGUAGUGGAAGGAGAUCUAAAGAAGUUUUCCCUCUCGAGGUAUGUGCCGCUAAUGGCAGGGGCAGGAGAUGUUCCUAUUUUAGGGGUGCUAAGAGAAACAGUCCUCCACCUCCGCUACCUCUCUCCAGAGCUCAGGCCAUGGUUGUUGUAAAUGGAUGGUUUGAGGAUGGAACAUUAAACCCCAGAACAGAUAGAGAGCCACCAACACCUGAAGACCUGAAAGAUUCAAGAUAUUGCACGGUGCACCGCGAUAAGGGCCAUGGGUUGACUGAUUGUUAUGUGGUGAGAACAAUGUUUCAUAGGCAAGUGAAGGAAGGGAAGAUACUCCUAAAUGGAGAACAAAACCAAGAAGGUGUAAGAAGCACUCAUUUUCCUCAACAUGAUGUUGGAAUGAUAGGUGUUGAAGGAGAGGUAAUGUUGACAGAGAUUGUAGGUGAAGCAGAAGAGAUGGUCACCAUGGAGGAGUCCCUGGAUGAAGACACAUUGACAAGAGCUUGGCUUGGAACCCCACAUUCAGAAAGAGGUGGCCAGAGCUCUAAUAGAAGGCAUGAAAAAGGUUUUGGGGGCAUCAACGCUCAGCUCACAAGAUUAGCAAAGGCCCAUGCAAACACCCUGGUGUUUCGGGACCUUGACUCAUUUGGGGAGUUCUACCAUAAUAAACCAUUGUACGUGGAAGCAGUGGUAGAAGGCAUGAAGGUCAGAAGGGCCUUGGUGGAUGCUGGAUCAGGGGUAAACAUCAUACCCACUCAUAUAUUUCUAGAAAUGGGAGGUUCUGCUGAUCAGAUAAGGCCUACUCAAGUCGAGCUUAAUGCUUUUAAUGGAGUGGGUGUGAAAUCUAGAGGGUGUGUUAAUGCUGUCUUGGAGGUUGGCCCCAUAAAGACCAAUAAUAAGUUUCAUGUGGUGGAUGGAAGCUCUAGCUACCACAUCCUACUGGGACGUCCAUGGAUUCAUUUACAUCGGUGCGUUCCUUCAAGUUGGCAUCAAUGCAUAAAGUCUAGCUGGAGAAAGAAGGAUAUUAGCAUCUCAGCCACUAUAACACCCUUUGAUGCGGGAGAAGCACAUUUAAUGGAUGUGAGUUUCUAUGAACAGCUUCCGUUACCAGGGGUCAACAAAAUAAGGCCUGUGCAGGAAUACACUAUCGGAACACCCAGACAAAAAGCAGUACAGAAGAACACCCUGAUGGAGGAAGCACCAAAAGAAAACACCAAAAAACGAGCAACAGCAAUCGAAGACCUAGGGCUUCGUAAGGAAAUUCUCCCAGGUGGAGGAUAUCGGUGCAUAGAAAAUGCCCCUUUCCAACUCCAAGAUGAAGCAAAGCAGAAGGAGGAAGAGUUGGAAGAGAUUAAUUUAGGGACUGAAGAACACCCGAGGCCUUUGUUCAUGUGCAAAACUCUAGGGGAGAAGGAGAAAAGGGAUUUGAUAGCAUUAUUAACAGAGUUCAGAGAUGUGUUCGCUUGGAACUAUGAUAAAAUGCCAGGGUUAGAUCCAAACCUGGUGACCCACAAUUUAGCCGUGAGGAAAGGAGCAACUCCUGUCAAGCAAGCUCCUAGAAAAUUCUCCAAUGAAAUAGAAGCUCAAGUAAAGAAAGAAAUCAAAAAGUUACUCGCAGCCAAGUUUGUCAAACCAAUACAACACCCCUCUUGGUUAGCCAUAGUGCCAGUGAAAAAGAAGAAUGGGCAGAUCCGGUGUUGCGUGGAUUUUAGAGAUCUAAACAAAGCUUGCCCUAAGGAUGAUUUUUCUCUGCCAGAUGUCGAUAGAAUGGUAGAUGUUACAGCCGGAUUUGAGAGGUUCUCCUUCAUGGAUAGAUUUAGCGGGUACAACCAAAUUAGAAUGGCUCCGGGAGAUAAAGUAAAGACAGCAUUUCGAACACCCGUAGGUAAUUUUUACUAUACUGUCAUGCCUUUUGGCCUAAAGAAUGCUGGAGCAACCUACCAAAGAGCCAUGACUGCUAUAUUCCAUGACAUAAUGCAUGACUUUGUAGAAGACUAUGUAGACGAUUUGGUUGUCAAGUCAACAUCCGGGAAGCAACACACAAAACACCUCAGAGCUGUGUUCACUAGAUGCAGAAAGUAUAGACUCAAGAUGAACCCCAUGAAAUAUGCCUUCGGGGUGUCAUCUGGAAAGUUCUUGGGAUUCAGAGUCCACAAAGGAGGCAUUUCAGCUGACGAGGAUAAGAUUAAAGCUAUCCAAGACAUGGAAUCUCCGAAAGACAUCAAGGGACUUCAGAAGUUCAUAGGCAAGCUGGGGUACAUUCGAAGGUUCAUACCAGCAUUAGGGGAGCUCUUAGGACCCCUAAGACCUUUGUUGAAAGAGAAGAACACCUUUACGUGGGGACAACACCACCAAGCUGUGAUAGACAAGAUCAAGAACGUUCUCACGUCCACUCACACCAUGACUUCCCCUCAGCUUGGUGCACCAUUGAAGGUAUACUUAGCGGUAGGAGAAGAAGCAGUUAGUGGGUUAAUUGCACAAGAAGGUGAAGGCAAAGAGAAACCCAUUGCUUAUGUUAGCAAAGCCAUGAAAGGGCCGGAACAAAGAUACUCUUCACCAGAGAAACAUUGUCUCGCUCUGGUCGAAUAUGAUGUGAAAUUGGUGACACCUACCACCAUUAAGAGCCAAGAUUUGGCUGACCUCUUGUCGAUCUAUCCUAAAAAAGCAACGAUUGAAGAGUUGCCAGAUCAGAUUUCAAGAACAAUAGAGACUGUUUAUGCUUGCAAUGAAGAGGAAACAUGGACCCUCAUGUUUGAUGGAGCACCCUCGAAUCCUCAAGGAGGGGCACGAGUCGUCCUUAUAGACUCCCAUGGAAGAAACCUGUCCUUCAUAUUUCGAUUGGAUUUCUCUUGCACCAACAAUGAGGCAGAGUAUGAAGCGCUAAUGCUCGAUCUAAAGAUGGCUCAAGAAGUUGGAAUCAAGAAACUCCAUGUCAAAGGAGACUCCAACAUAAUAAUACAACAAAUCCUAGGAGGGUAUGGCACGAAGGAAAGAAGUCUGGCCUUAUGCAGAGAGCAAGUGUGGCGCAUGAUGAAGGUAUUUGAUAAGAUCUCAUUUGAGCAUGUACCCCGAACAGAAAACAAGCAUGCGGAUGCUUUACCAACAUUGGGGAGUAGAGUCACUAUUCAAAAUGGACAACAUGCUUUGGAACACCGGGUAGCUGAAAGUCCUGCCAGAGAAGAAGGGAUGUCUGUGGAAGGAAAAAUCAAUGAUUGGCGAACGCCUUUACAUGAACAGCUCAGAACACUCAACAUCACCAAAGAGACAAGAGGAUUUUGCCUCCUCAAUGGGCAAAUGUUCAGAAAAAGCAAUGAUGGACUCCUCAUGAAAUGUGUAGGAGAAGAAGAAAGGAAAGAAAAAGCAGAACAACUGCAUGGAGCCACCUGCGGAGAAGAAGGCCCCGGUUUGUACCGAAGGCUCCAGAGGUGGGGUAUUUAUUGGCCGAAAAUGAAGUUUCAUUGUGAUGAAUUACAGGCUUCCUGCAAGGCUUGUCAAGAAACAAAAGAAAGCAUGCAGAUAUGUAAUGUUCACAAUUGA